GCCGAAUUAGGGCAAGAUGGCGCCAAAGAAACAAGGAACUAAGGGACAAAAACAAAUCCUGGAAGAAAACACCAAAACUCUGGAUUUUUAUGCCAAAGUUAUGAUAAGUAUUGAGGUAACAUACAUAAUAUUCCGAUUCACAUUUUUUGGUUUCAACUCCAGUUGGUUUUCAUGGGUUCUUCUGGUGCUUGCCACAGCACUUUACAGUGGAUGUUAUAAGUUCAUGGCUUCAAUGGCAAAACCCACAUAUUCCUCAUCUGGAGCUCUUAUAGAUGGGGGAAUGGAUCUUAAUCAGGAGUCAGGAACUGCAGAGCAUGUUAAGGACCUCAUAAUAUUAACAGUGAUAGUUCAGGGACUUGGAAUAUUUACAGACUAUAUGUGGCUGUUUUGGCUGCUGGUUCCAUGCAGAGCUAUGUACUUGUUAUGGGUUUAUAUUCUAGGACCUUGGUUCUUUGCUCAACCUGUGGAAACAGAAAUGGAUCCAAAGAAACAGAAGAAAAUGGAAAAGAAAAUGAAAAGAGCAGGAAUGAUGUAGUGUAUGAGUGCCAGUGUAGUUCGAACGAUCAACUAAAGUACUUCUAAAUGACGUGAGAAGGAAACCAGCAUCCCUGGGAACUUGAAAAACAGUGCACAAUAGGACCACGAGAGGGGUGGGCUGAAGACAAGUGUCACCACCCGUUCUCACCCCCCCCCCUAGUGCCUCAGUGUAGCACUAAUGUACCUUUCUGUUGCAGUUCUUCAUUAAAAAUGAAGCGAACUCAUUGGCA